AUGGAAGUGCUUGCUUUUGGUCUUUCCUGGGCGCUGAACCAAACAAUUUCAUCACAGAACAUCCUCGGCCGCCUUGGCUUGGUAUCUUUAGUGCCCCAACGCGCAGCCUCGUGGGCACAUCUCUCCACACAAUUAUCACCUAACGCAUCCGUCGUUCUCCCUGACGGGCCACUUUUCCACAGUUAUACCAGCAGAUGGCGUGACUGGCACGCACCAGACAUAGGAGUUGUCGUCAACGUGUUCAGUGAAGACGACGUUCAAGCAACAAUUCGGUAUGCAAAUGAGCAGAGCCUCCCUUUUCUUGCUAGGUCUGGGGGCCACGGUGCCACUGAUUCCCUGAGUUUAGCCACAAAUGUGGUGUCCAUAGACCUUCGUGGUAUGAACCAGGUGAUCAUCGACGAGAGUGGCGAGACUGUGACGAUUGGAGGCGGAGCAAAUGUCAAGGAGGUUGUCAACACUUUGUGGGCAGCAGGGAAGCAAACAGUGACCGGAAUUUGCGAAUGCGUGGGUAUGUCUGCCCCAAUUCUGGGAGGCGGUCACGGAUGGCUUCAGGGCCAGUAUGGUCUGGCUUCGGAUCAAGUCAUGUCGGCCAAAGUUGUUCUUCCCGAUGGAGAAUUCGCCACAGCUUCUGAUGAUGAAAACUCUGAUCUAUUUUGGGCCUUGAGGGGCGCCGGGCACAACUUUGGUAUCGUCACUGAGUGGCAAUAUCGAAUCCACGAUAUCAAGAACACGGAGUGGUCUUACCAGAUAUUCAUCUACCUCGGCGAUAAGCUUGAGGAGGUCCUCGAUCUAACCAACCAGAUGAUGGAGACUCAGCCUCCGGAAGUCACGCACUGGAUGUAUUUCGUCAACAUCCCAGAGAUCGACCCCAAGCGACCAGUAAUUUGGUACGCCAUUAUUUACGACGGCCCCUUCGAAAAUUCCACAGAAUACGCGAAGCCGCUCUACGAUAUUUAUCACGUAAACGUCGAAGCCGGCCGAGCACCGAUGCCAGACUUGGCGGCUUUGACCUUUAUGAGCAGCGACAGCAUUGGGUGCGCCAAGGGCUAUACGGGCCUGAGAUAUCCCAUCGGUCUCAAAACGUACGAUCUGCCUGCUGUCCGGAGAGUCUUCGAUGACAUUGCCGACAUGUCGAACCGCAACCCAGAAUUCGCCGGGUCAUUCUUCCUCCUCGAGGGAUACUCAACUCACGGGGUCAAAGCUGUCGACGAAAAAGUCUCGGCUUUCCCGCAUCGAGAUGAUGAUAUCCUAGUCACGUCGUACAUCAUGUACAAGCCCAACGCAUCUCUCGAUGCACUUGCUCAGGAAUACGGUGAGAAAUUCAGAGGGCAUCUGCUAGAGGCAAGCCACGAGCCAGAGCGUUUGCGGGUGUAUGUGAAUUAUGCCCAUGGGAGUGAGUCACUCGAGGCCAUUUAUGGAUGGGAUGAAUGGAGGUUAGAAAGGUUGAGAGGGCUGAAGGCGAAAUGGGAUCCUCAGAAUCGGAUGAGAUUCUACAACCCUAUAGUCUGA